AGUGAUGGAGCUGGGAUCCUGAUCAGGACUAUUUGACCAGGAGUGUCAUGUUCUUUUUACUGCUCUAGUUUAGAAGAAGGCUUAUGCACGCGUGCUUUUUAUAAAUAAAUUUGAAUGUUAAUAUCAGAGUCAGAGUGCCAUGAAGAAGAUCUGUAUCUAGUCCAACUUUCUUGUCUAAUAUCCAAGCUCUUUCUGUAGAUUACCCAACAAAAUGUUCUAAGAUGGUAGUAAAAAGCCCUCAGUGCAAUAUGUUCACUCUUUGACAAAGCAUCCAGUAGAAUUUUGAACAAUCCUGAUCAUUAGAAAGUUCUGUGUUCCUCCAAAUGAUUUUUGUCCUUUGUUCUUAAUCAUCUAAGCCUUUUACCCAAGGACUCUGCUGUCAGCCAUGUUUCCCCCUAAACUCUCUUUUCCUGCCUAAUUAUCCCUCAGCAUCCUAAUGAUGCCACUUUAAACCACAAUCACUUGCAGUAUCUCUAUUUAGUUGCAAGUUCUUAUAGUGCAUGAUAGUGUGGCCAUAUGCAUGUCACACACAAUCAGGGCUCCUUACUGUUGAUUAACUCCUUGCUUAACAGUAACCUCUUACCACCAGCCCUAUCACUCCUUGCCACCUUCCCUCCCCUCACAUGACAUUUCUAAAUCUUCAGAUCCAAAGGGCCCUAACACUGACACUUCUUCCAACCCUGUAAAUGAGGCAGCUCUCCCUAGAAAACCACUCGAGACACAAGUUUGGAAGGUGAGUCAAACGUAACAGGAUUGUUUUCUUUGAGCUUGACAAACAACUUAAAAGGGCAAAGGCAGUGAGCCGUGGACGCCCGGAGACAGCUCCUUUCUUCCUGAGUCCCCCACAGCGCUGAGACAGACAGGAGCUCCCCUGCGGAUCUGCCAGGACAGCGCGCAGGGCGGGGCAGGGCCGGCGCGCCAGGAGCGGGGAGGGCAUCCUGCAGCUGGUUUUGCUGAGAGCCCGCGGUCAGAGCUGAGGGACUGCUUAGCCACGCCAGGGCCAGACGCCCUUGCGCCCGCCCUGCCAACAGGUAUUCACAGCUGAUCAGAGAGCGAAAGAAGCAGGCGAGGGAGUCAGGAAUCAUCUUUUUUUAAAAAAGUCGUUAGCAAAGUUGUUUAGGUCCUCGCGCUCUGGUUCCUGGUCUUCGCGGUCAAUACCAUGGACAGCGCCCGCGAACCUACUCGGAGGCGCUUGGACGCCGCUGGCUUCUGGCAGGUCUGGCAGCACUUUGAUGCCGAUGAAAAGGGCUACAUAGACGAGAAGGAGCUUGAUGCUUUCUUUUGCCACAUGUUUAUGAAAUUGGGUACUGAUGAUGCAGUCAUGGAAGAAAAUGUGCAGAAGUUGAAACAGCAAUUUAUGACUACCCAACAUGUGUCUAAAGAUGGUCACAUACAAAUGAAACAGCUUGCCGGUAUGUUCUUGUCUGAGGAUGAAAACUUUCUUCUGCUCUUUCGCCGGGAAACCCCCUUGGACAGCAGUGUGGAGUUUAUGCAGAUUUGGCGCAAAUAUGAUGCUGACAGUAGUGGCUUUAUAUCAGCUGCUGAACUUUGUAACUUCCUCCGAGACCUCUUCCUCCACCACAAAAAGGCCAUUUCGGAGGCCAAACUGGAAGAAUACACUGGCACCAUGAUGAAGAUCUUUGAUAAAAAUAAAGAUGGUCGGUUGGAUCUUAAUGACUUGGCAAGGAUUUUGGCUCUUCAGGAAAACUUCCUUCUCCAAUUUAAAAUGGAUGCUUGUUCUACUGAAGAAAGGAAGAGAGACUUUGAGAAAAUCUUUGCCCACUAUGAUGUUAGUAAAACGGGAGCCCUAGAAGGCCCGGAAGUGGAUGGGUUUGUCAAAGACAUGAUGGAGCUUGUCCAGCCCAGCAUCAGUGGGGUGGACCUUGACAAGUUCCGGGAAAUCCUCUUGCGUCACUGCGACGUGAACAAGGAUGGAAAAAUUCAGAAGUCUGAGCUGGCUUUGUGUCUGGGGCUGAAAAUCAGCCCAUAACCCCCAGACUGCUUUGCCCUUUGCUCCUACCAUGUUUCUGUGCUCUUGCUGCUAGGAGUGUGUCUGCCCAUUGCUGCUGGGAACACUGCGGGCAAACUUUCUCCCAAUUGAUGUGGUGUGCUUGGGCAAGGGGAGGGAAGCCAGGGCCUCCCUGCCACCAGCAUGUGCACCCCUGCCUCGCUGAAGGCCCCCCCUGCAGUGUCUGUGUUGUUUUUCCCCUGACCCUGGGCUUUCCUGUCCCCACAAGAUCCAGCUACCCUGUUAGAUCUGCUCUGCCUUCCCUUCCCAGUCACUGGGGACCGUGGCAGCUGAGUCCAUCCAUCUCGUGCCCUCAUUUGCUUUCUGCUAAGUCUGAAUGGUGUGUGGUAUUCAUGGCAAUUCUCUACCUUCUACAAGUAGAUUUUUUUGUGUGGAAAUAAAAGUGCAAUUGGAAACAAA